CCCAGCAAGAGAAGGAGCUGUACUAACUGUCCAGAAGACAAUGGCAAACGCAUCUUGUCAAGGUAUCAGAUUUGACUUUACAGGCAGAUUCCUGCCUCCUGUUUACAUCUUAGUCUUCAUCAUUGGUCUGCUAGCUAAUGGAUGGGGAUUGAAGUCUUUGCUGCAGAAAUGGAAGAAACUGGGCAUCAUUAAUGUGUUUGUUUUCAACCUCGGACUUGCUGAUAUUCUGUACCUGCUCACACUCCCCUUUUUGGUGGUGUACUACUUUAUGGAGAGAAAGUGGAUCUUUGGAGACGCAUUCUGCAAGAUAACACGAUUCUGCUUCAACCUGAAUUUAUAUGGCAGCAUUGGGUUCCUUACUUGUAUAAGUGUGUACAGGUACCUGGCUAUUGUCCAUCCAAUGAGAGUGAUGGGAAGAAUAACUGUCACUCACUCUGUGGGGAUCUCAGUCAUGGUUUGGUUCUUGGUGAGCGUCCAAAGUCUUCCAGACAUGUUCUACAGCAAAACAUUUGGAAACAAGCCUGAGCAAUGCUUCGAUACCACCUCUGACAGCUAUGUGGAUGAUUACAUUAAAUACAGCCUUGGAUGGACAUUCACUGGGUUUUGUAUCCCAUUGCUCAUCACACUGGGCUGCUAUGGACAUGUGAUUGUCGUUCUCUGCCACACAAAUACCACUGACAAGGUACUGAAACAGAGAUGUUUGAAGUUGUUGUUCAUCGUGAUUCUUCUCUUCUCUGUUUGUUACAUCCCCUAUCAUGUACUGAAGAACCUCAACCUCUGGUCAAGAGUUCUGCAAAGACAGAACAUAUGCCGUAAAUGGUCUAAUGAGGUCUACAUUGCUCAUCAGAUAAGUCGUGGCCUUGUGUGUCUGAACAGUGCUCUCAACCCUCUGGUUUACCUCCAUGGAAAUGAAGAUAUUCCUGCUCAGCUCAGACAGCUGCUCCAGCAAGCUCGUAAAACUUUCAUGCGUCUCGCCCCUAGUCAAGUUCCACUGGUUGAAUUGUCUAAUAUGUGAAUGAAAUUGAAUUAUUGUAUUGCAUUAUCUUGUUCUGGGUCAAGUUUUUUAUCUAUGUUAUGGUCAUAUUGCUAUUAACACGCUCAAAAAGGAAAUUAAUUUAUUAUUAUUAUUAUUUGAAAAUGUCAUGGUUCACUUUCAGAAAGGUUUGCUGAGAGAACAGGACCGUGUUUUGUGAUCGGGGGCUCAGUGCCAUGCAUGAUUUCUUUGGAUUGAAACAGGAAGUUCAUAGUGUGAACGUGUAAAAAUAAACAGGAUGCAAACUG